AUGCCGAUAAGCUCUGGUAAGGUAAUUUGCGUGUCACUGGCGCAUAUUAUUUUUGGAACCCUGAUGACCGUCUGUGGCAUUCUCCAAGUUAUUCUUCAGCUGAAAUUCUUGUGGUUGGACUCUUUCUACACUGGUAUCUGGGUCGGAAUAUGGGUAAGUAAUAUUGACCAAUAUUAUAGUACUGUAUCUAGAUGCAGAAACUGUAAGAUCCCGUCUUUACAAACUCAUCAAUAAAUUCGUGAUUAGAAAACAAAGCCAACCCACACAUAAGGGAAGAAUGUUCUCUCUAUGUUACAAAAUUUUGCCAAGAACUGGCCGCCUGAUUUAGCGAAAAAUAACACAGCGAAAAAAAAAUUAAGAACGGAACGAAUCCAAAAAACUGGAGGAUAUUACAAUGAAUUUUAAAACUUUUUUGCCCCUGCAACGGCUUUUGAGUCAUCUCUGUUUCUUGCAACUUUACAAGCAUAACAAAUCUGUCUGUCGUGAAAAUGUGACUUUGUCUAUUUAUUUUUAGGUUAUUUUUUCCCCACCCAGGCGUUUUCAGUUGCUAGUAAUAACCACAUAACUAUCCAAUUUAAACUUUAAACUUCUACAUAAGAUGGUAGCACAGUAUUUUCUAUGUGAUUGAGGGAUCCAGAAACCUCCAAGUCGAACCUAAAUAUAAUAAAACUUGGCUUUUGGCCCAUUUUCGGCGUUUGGAUAUCGGAUGAAAAAGUGUCUCACAAAUUAAAGCACCCUUUUGCAUAGCGUGUUAUAACAUCAGAAAUCGUCAAAAAAUCGAGGUGGGGUUUGGGUGGUAGACUUUAACUAUAGUAGCAGUACGAUCUCUUUCUUUUAAAAACGAAUAAGUGCUACACAAUAGAGAAGAAAAAGUAACAUGAUAUGCGGAAGUACGGCAGACAUGUCCAUGUUUAAAUUGUUUAUAAAACGUCACAUUUGGAGUUGACCAUUGCGUUUGAAAUCGAAAGAACAAAGCACAUCCAGCUUCAAUGCUGCACAACUUGUUCCGUGCAUAUUGCGAAUGAUUUACAAUUACUGUCGCCAGUUUCAUGUAACUUAUGGCAAAAGUCUCAACAAACCGUGGUCCUGCAAAUAUAGAUGGCAGAAAUAACGAAAAGACUUACAUGCUUUUAUGACUUUUCUGUGCAUGAUUGCACUCAAGAAAAAAAAAACCAAUCUCCUUAUCUUCCAUCGUUUGACAAUUCAAAUGACUGUCUCGGUCCAGAAAGAUUAUUGAGAUCCAUAAAUGUUGCUACCAUGGUAACGUGACGUCACAUGCAUUUAGUUGCGCACUGACGAAAUGUGGGGUGAAUUGAUUGUUGCCUUUAUCAUGACAUUUAUCAAUCCAUGACGAAUGUAAAGUGUGUGGUUGACGGUUUCGGCUUCCCUUUUUCAAGCUUUAUCAUGACAUUUUUGUUGUGCAAAUGCUGUCAAUUCAGCUGGUGUGUUGAACAAAUAAGUUUUGGAGAGUUUUCUUCGUUAUUUUGGUUUGUGGAUCUUUGUGAUCAAUAUGGAUGUAAUUAUCUUAAAUAAGAGACUUUGACUUCAUAAUCGCUAAGAGACAAUCGGAUAGAGGAAACAAUGGAUUAUUCAGAGAUUGAAAUAUUUCUUCUCGGGUUGCGACAUUGAUAUCCUUACGUUGUCUAUUGUUGCUGAUUUUUUUUGCAGAUGAGCUUCACAGGAAUUCUAGGUGUCAUUGCCAGUUUCAAAAUUAAAUUCUUUGUAAGUAUCAAAUAGGCUAGAGAAACUUAACAACCCCAAAAUAGCAUUAACUAAGAUACUUUGGAAAGAUAUUCAUGAUCAACUGGCAAAGUCAAUGUUGUACAAUAUGUAGUGAUAGUUCACCCAAUGUAAAGGAAUCCAAGAGAUAGUCUUGGAUUCUGGACUUAACGUCGUGGAUUCCAAUCGUAAGUGGGAUUCCGGAUUCCUUGAGCUGUAUUCCGAAUUCCAAAGCCCAAGAUUCCGGAUUCCUCGGACUCCGGAUUCCGGAGUCCAUCGCAUGAGGCCAGAUAGUAAACUUUGACCUUUUCUUAUUACGGCUUAGUUCAGUGGGCUUAGUUUGUCGUUUGUCUCACCCUGGUAACUUUGAAAUAAUUAUUAGUGGUGCCUGUCUGUCAGUAAUUGCGCAACCAUUACGUAAUUUCUGUGGUCUAUACCUUUAUAGACCAUAGCUCUCGACCAAUCAGCGCGCAAAAAAUCGUUCAUUUUCUGUAAAAAUGUUAGUGAACUACUAUCCUGCUUAUUCACGUUAGAAGUUGUUCCCGCCUCAGCGGUCCGAUAUGGUACCGAUGGGCUCAGUUUUGUUGCAUUUAUGAUUUAAAGCUGCUAUCUUGAUGAUCUUUUCCACCACCUCCGGUUUUCCAUAACCACUGCCCAAUUUCUAUGGUCUAUUACAUUACAGAAUAUCGCUCUCCACCAAUCAGCGCGCAAAGAUUGCCCAGUUAUUGUAAAAUUAUUGACUUUUUAUGUGGGGAAAUGUUUCCAGCUCAGAGCUCCGCUAUGAAACCAAUGUGCUAUCUUAUUUACUUUCAGGUUGCUCUCUUUACGUUUUUUUCCAUCAUCUCCAGUUUGCUGGGUUUAGCAAGCGUUAGCUACUACGCCAACACUGGUGCAGCUUCUUGGGAUGUUUAUUGGAGUUCCCUUUAUUACCUCAUCAUCUCUUCAGCUACAUGUCUCUUCGCCAUAGUUCAGGUUAUCAUAGGAGUCGUUGCAGGCAUUUAUAGUUGUCUGACCUGUGGUGGCGACACUCAGUCAGAACAGGUAGGACCUGACGGGGUGAUGUCAUGGCUAGCAUUGCGAGUUCUAAUUUUUUUUUUUUUUUUAUCAAAGCCGAGUUGAAAUUCUAACUAACCUGAGAGGGCGCUUCGUGUUCCGCACUUUUGUCGCGAACACAGGCGAGCGGGAAACGUGAGUGACUGGUGAAGAAGCGCAAGGGACCAAGGGAAGAAGCGAGAAAGAAGUUAAGAGGGGAAAGAGUCUCUCCCGUUUUCUCCUUCCCGCCUUCCUUUGCGCGCAAAUUAACAUCGAUAGAAAGACGUCUGGGAACGAUCCAGCUAAGUAAACUUUUCUAAACUUAAAAGUCUGAGGUAAAGAUAUCAAACGACUCUUUCAUAAGGGAAAACAAAGCAAUGAUUGGCUUCUGGUCAUUUUUCGACAACACAGGUGUUUGACUUGGAAUAGUUUGCCCAAUUUUUGUAGGUGUCCCAAACCAGUCAUGCAGGAGUGGAACUCUUUUCUUAUGUAAACGCUUUCCUUUGUUCCAAUAAAUUUGCAUUAUAGGUGCUAGACAAGUGAAAGAAAACGCUCUAUAGAAUAUAACCACUAGACAGAGUAACAAAUAGUAACAAUAAUUAAUUUAAAAUAACUUAAUUAAUUGUUGCCUAACUAUUGAAUCUUACACUUAUUUUGCAUUUCACGAAUGCAGGCAUCGGUGGUUUCCUCAAACAAGGUUGUGCCGAUAAAUAAUGCAGGGCCAGUUAGUGAUGAUGGCAGAAUGUCAGCACAGGACGACCAGCUACCGAUGGUUCAGGUGUAA